AAAUGAUUACAUGUGGUCCUAAAAUAACUUAAACUAAGAAAUGAUAUGUAUAAACAUAAUUAUACAAAAUUAGAGAGACAGACCACCGCCUGAGUUCGCCCUAGAGACUUUUCUCUCUGGCACACCACCCUAGACGUCGUCGUCUCCGUCCGAUCUCCAUGGAUUCACACUGCAAGUUCUUCUCCACCGUCGCCUACGUCCGAAACUCCCAUUGAGAAGCUAUGCUUCUCCUCGUUGGGACUCCACCUAGGAUGACCCGAAGCGUUUCUCGGAGAGGUGAAGCCUCUGCCUCUCCCACGCCUAGCUCGUUGCCUCUGGUGAUAACUCGUCGUUCCAAUGUCUCAGAAUCUGCUUGCGUUUCAGUGACAAAGAGCCCUCCUGUACUACCCUCGAAGCCAGAACCUCCAGAUCUGUUUCCGGUGGAACAGAUUGAACCGCUGUUUGAAACCUUCCCUCCGCCAGAUUCGCCUCCGCCAGAUCCGCCGUUUAAAACUCCCUCUCCGCCAGAACCACCAGACCCUCCUCUUAAAGCUCCUUCUCCUAUGUGCCCCCCGGAACCUCCAGAUCCUCCAGACGUUUUAAAGGUUAAGAUAAUAACUAUUGCAGACCCUCCCGACCACGACCACUCUGGUGCACCGGAUCUGUUCUCCUUCACCCUCAAAAUUGCAGAGCCUCCUCAUGUUUCUGGUACGAUGACCUCUAGCUCAGCUUGUUUGUUGCUCGUAUCCUUAGGAGUGAACUUUGUGAUGCCUUGGCUCCCCCAUACUGCUGUCUGCAGGGUUCAGUUCUACUAUAUCCUCUGGAGAAAGCCUCGUUUCCCUCCUUUGCUCUUAGGAUUUGUUUUGAAAGAUACGGUCUUCGUGACCCCCUUGAUAGAGUCAAAAUUAGUUGGUUUCUGUUGCACUUCAAGUCUCACUGAACUAAAUUCAAGGUCCCAAUCUCCUCCAUUACCUCAGUAUGAUGGUUCUAGACGUGGUUUUACCCAUCUGUUACCUCAGUAUGAGGCUUUUAGGCUUUGGUUUAGCCUUCCCUUACCUCAGUGUGAGGUUCUCUUACCUCAGUAUGAGGUCCAUUUACCUCAGUAUGAGAAAAUUAGGAGAUGAUCAAUUUCAUAAAACCCAAUCUUGGCUUUUUAGCUUCUGAUUUGGUUGGCGGACUGUGGAGUUUCAUACAAUUUCACGCUCCAUGAAUGCUGAGGAUUUCCUCUCUAUAUUCAGGCUCAUCAAGAUGGUGCGUGGUCACCUCUGUAGCCAAAUUUGUUGCUGCCUUUCAUGCAUUUGAUGCUGCAGCUUGUUCGGGCAGUAGUUCACCGUGUGUGUCUUCUGAUUCCCAUGGCUUCAUCUCAUUUUUUAGCACUUUAGGUAUUUCUAUCUUAAGUUGCUUAUGUGCUAUGUAUGCGUCUAUCCAUUGUGUUUAUGUUUCCCGCAUAGCUUUUGAUGCAGCGGUUUAUCUGACCAGUAUGGUUGCUUUGUUGUACUUGAACAAUUUCUCCAUGAUUGGAGUUUAAGUUUUAUUUAUAAAAUUUGGUUUGAUAAAAAAAAA